CAAAUGUUAUAAACAUAACCUCCAUCUUACCUUAACUUAAGAUUUUCCUAGUAAAAAUCUUAUGCGGUUUGAUUAAAUUGUUUGCUCUUGAACACAGCUCUAAGAUUAGAUCGAGCAUCAAUUAAAAAGUUUCAAUAGUGUUUCGGGGUGUCUGCAUAGCCAUUAGCCAUCACGACUUGUCCCUGAGCUGGAACUGUUGUAACUGUAUACUCUUGAAUGGUGUCCCCACUUCAGACAUUACGAGUGUGUUGGCUGACAACAAGUUCCGUAGCCUUCACUUUCUUACAAGGAUCUAAACGUGGGGCUCCUUUAUUGAACCACACAUCCUGUGUAGCAAUGUCAAGCUCAACAAACGCUUCAGGAGAAACUAAACCGAAAAUAUUUGUCACUCGCACUGACUAUCCCAAGAAUGGAAUUGAUCUUUUGCUAAAAAAGUACGAUGUAGAAAUUUACCCCAAAGAGAAGACAAUUAUAAGUAAAGAAGAGCUUAUCCUAGGAAUCAAGGGGAAAUCUGGGAUAUUUUGUAGUUUAAAUGAUAAGAUUGAUAAAGAAGUAUUAAGUGCAGCAGGUCCACAACUGCGAGUGGUAAGCACGAUGUCUGUUGGUGUGGAGCAUGUCGAUCUCAAAGAGUGUCAAAAGCUGUCUAUAAAAGUCGGCUACACCCCUAACGUUCUAACAGAGGCGACAGCAGAACUUACCAUGGCUUUACUGUUAGCUACUUCUCGUCGGCUGUUUGAGGCCAACACACAACUCCGCACUGGAGGCUGGAGCUCAUGGGCCCCAGUAUGGAUGUGUGGUCCAGCACUGAAGGGUUCCACAAUUGGACUUGUAGGCUUUGGACGGAUUGGUAGAGAAGUAGCAUACAAACUGAAGGCAUUCCAUGUUGGCAAAAUACUUUACACUGAUUCUGGUAAAUCACCGUCUGCUGAUAAAAAAGAAGCUGCUACUGAGCUGGGAGCUGAGAGGUUGGAUCUAGAACCGUUGUUGGCUGCCGCUGACUUUGUGAUUGUCACGUGUGCUCUGACUCCCCAGACACAAGGAAUGUUCAACUCACAGCGAUUUGGCCUAAUGAAACCCACAGCUAUCUUCAUCAACACUGGAAGAGGAGGAGUGGUAGACCAUGAGGCUUUGUACGAUGCUCUCAAAAACAGCAAGAUUUGGGCUGCGGGGUUGGACGUAAUGACACCAGAGCCAUUACCUACGGACCACAAACUCAUAGAGCUUCCGAACUGUGUUCUACUUCCCCAUAUCGGCAGUGCUACUUACCAGUCUCGCAUGGCAAUGAGUGAACUCACAGCAAACAACAUUAUCUGCGCCCUUGAGGGACGACCAAUGCCAGCGGAAUACCUUUGAUUACGACUAAACAUCGCUUCCUUAAACAUAAACAUUCAAUGACGUAACCAACCUAACCUCGACUGCUUGAAAUCAAAUCAAAGUGCCACCAAUGCAAAUAUUUACUAUGCUAGAUUAUUAGCACUAAGUCAUAGAUAAGCUUGAAAUGUAUUUAUUAAAUAUUUAAUACUUUAUGGAAUAGAGUUUAUACUUUGUUAAAAGUUUUAUACUCGUUAGAGAAUUGUUUUACCAAAUAUAUAACUGUU